AUGUUACAACAGAUGUCAACAUUGCGUGGCAAAGAAGCUUUGGAACGAAAUCAAGAUGAUGACUUUAGAUCAAGGAACUUCACUGUGCAUAGAAGAAUUCAUACAGGAGACAAACCUUAUGAAUGUAAGGACUGUGGGAAAAGGUUUUCCCAGUCAGGUAACCUCAUUCGACAUAGAAGAAUUCACACAGGAGAGAAACCUUAUGAAUGUAAGGAAUGUGGAAAAACAUUUUCUCAAUCAGGUAAACUCAUUUCUCAUAGAAGCGUUCAUACAGGAGAGAAACCUUAUAAAUGUAAGGAAUGUGGGAAAAUAUUUUCCCACUCACAAAGCCUCAAUCUACAUAGAAGAAUUCAUACAGGAGAGAAACCUUACGAAUGUAAGGAAUGCGGGAAAACAUUUUCACGCUCAUAUUACCUCACAGAACAUCGUAGAAUGCACACAGGAGAGAAACCUUAUGAAUGUAAGGAAUGUGGGAAAACAUUUUCUCAACCAAGUAAACUCAUUUCUCAUAGAAGAGUUCAUACAGGAGAGAAACCUUAUAAAUGUAAGGAAUGUGGGAAAAUAUUUUCCCACUCACAAAGCCUCAAUCAACAUAGAAGAAUUCAUACAGGAGAGAAACCUUACGAAUGUAAGGAAUGCGGGAAAACAUUUUCACGCUCAGAUUGCCUCCGAGAACAUCGUAGAAUACACACAGGAGAGAAACCUUAUGAAUGUAAGGAAUGUGGGAAAACAUUUGUACAAUCAGGUCACCUCACUAAACAUAGUAGAAUUCACACAGGAGACAGACUAUUUGAAUGUCAAGAAUGUGGGGCAACGUUUCAGCGCUCACUCGGACUUCCGGUGGUGCUCGCACAUCUCCUUCCCCGAGUAGCUGAAGCAGAUGCACAAAUGUGCAGCUCUCAGUGUGUGCUUGCGGGGAUUUGUGGGCGUCCCCGGACAGCAUUCAUGGUCAUCCUCGCAAAGACCAAGGGGAGGGAACCAGCUGGUUUAAUUCCUAAUGGACAUGGAUGUGUCUUAAUCAACGAAACAUCCAUUUCCUUUAUGUCUGUGAGAUAUUCAAGGACGCAUGUCACAGAGAAACGUGGUGCAAGUAAAGAAUGUGUGAAAGCAUUUUCACCAUCAAGUCAGAUCACGGCGCAGGGAAGAAGUCACACGGGAGAGAUAAGUUUUGAACCUAAUCAAUGUGGGGAAACCUUUCCUCGGUCACAUGACCUCUCUGAACAUAGGAAAACUUACACAAGAGGAAAACAUUCUCGGUGUAAGGAAUGUGAGAAACCAGUUUCCCAAUCAAGUCACCAGACAUCUCAUAGAAAACUUCAUGGAGUAGAGACACCUCCCAUGUGUAAGGAAUGUGGGAAAACUUGUGCCGCAUCACCUGACUUCACUCCACACCUGAGUAUUCACCCAGGAAAGAUAUCUCAUGAAUGUAAGGAAUGUGGGAAAACAUUUUCUCAAGUAAGUAAACUCAUUCGACAUAGAAAAAUUCAUAGAAAAGAGAAACCUUACGAAUGUCAGGAAUGCGGGAAAACAUUUUCAGUCUCACGUUACCUCAUGGAACAUCGUAGAAUGCACACAGCAGGGAAACCUUAUGAAUGCCAGGAAUGUGGGAAAAGGUUUUCCGGCUCGUAUGACCUCACUCGACAUAAAAGAAUUCAUACAGGAGAGAAAACUUAUGAAUGUAAGCAAUGUGGGAAAACAUUUUCUCAAUCAAGUAAACUCAUUUCUCAUAAAAGAAUUUGUACAGGAGAGAAACCUUGUGAAUGUAAGGAAUGUAGGAAAAGGUUUUCCCGCUCAAGUUGCUUCAUUCAACAUAGAAGAAUUCAUACAGGAGAGAAACGUUACGAAUGUCAGGAAUACAGGAAAACAUUUUCAGUCUCACUUUGCCUCUCGGAACAUCAUAGAAUGCACACAGGAGAGAAACCUUAUGAAUGUAAGGAAUGUUGGAAAAGGUUUUCCCACUCAAGUGGCCUCAGUCGACAUAAAGGAAUUCAUACAGGAGAAAAACGUUAUGAAUGUAAGGAAUGUGGGAAAAGGUUUUCCUCCUCGUAUGGCCUCACUCGACAUAAAAGAAUUCAUACAGGGGAGAAACCUUAUGAAUGUAAGGAAUGUGGGAAAAGGUUUUCCCAGUCAUAUAACCUCAUUCAACAUAGAAGAAUUCAUACAGGAGAGAAAUGUUACGAAUGUCAGGAAUACGGGAAAUCAUCUUCAGUCUCACAUCGCCUCAUGGAACAUCGUAGAAUGGACACAGGAGAGAAACUUUAUGAAUGUAAGGAAUGUGGGAAAAGGUUUUCCCGCUCAAGUUGCCUCAGUCGACAUAAAAGAAUUCAUUCGGGAGAGAAACCUUAUGAAUGUAAGGAAUGUGGGAAAAGGUUUUCCUACUCAUAUGGCCUCACUCGACAUAAAAGAAUUCAUACAGGAGAGAAACAUUAUGAAUGUAAGGAAUGUGGGAAAAGGUUUUCUCAGUCAAAUAACCUCAUUCAACAUAGAAGAAUUCAUACAGGAGAGAAAUCUUAUGAAUGUAAGGAAUGUGGGAAAACUUUUUCUCAAUCAAUUUUUCAACAAAUAUUUAUCAUUUUUGAUCAGCUUUAUGAUUGUACAGGAAAUGGGAAACUUAUUAUGCCUGUACUAGGAAAUGAAAUUCAGAGUGUACGUCGGCUGUAUUGA